AUGAAAAAAGAAAAUGAAAAAGAGGGUACUUGUAACGACUCUAUUGAAGAAUUAGGAGAAUCAGGAUUUCAGGUUGUGAUGGUGAUCUUUGAAAGAGGUUUUGGGCAGCAUGUGCAGCAGAUUUGGGGACAGCAACAGGGCUAUUGUUUUUCAGCAAGGUUGGACUAUUUUUUGACAGUUUUUCUGUCUGAUUGCAGGCAGUUUUAUGGGCUAUUCAUGGGCUGUUUAAUAGCAGGUUUUGGAGAUAUUGUGCAGCUUGUUUUGGACAACAGAAACUUGAAGAGGAGACUUUCAAGAUACAAAGCUUUGUGGCUACGACAAGGGUUUGACAUGAAGAUGAAUGUAACUAUGGUAGAGUUAGGAUUAGGAACAACUAGGAUUAGCAUAGCUUGGCGUAACACAUGA